CACAACCUCAGUGUGGUUGUUGUAGGCACAGCUGCAGACCAGCCUGUGAAAAUGGCAGACGAAGAGGACACCGGGCAGGGGAGUGCCGUAGAUCCAGCCUCAUCUCCAGAUAGCCCGCAAAAUGAGCGCCAACCCUUCGUGACUUUCAACGAGACAGUGCACCCGGCGGUGUCAGGCAUGGUCAGCCAGCUGUUCAGUCAGCCACCGCUGGCACUCAAAUUUGACAAAAACAUUAAACAGGCCUUCUACAACACCGGGGCUAUGAUCUUCGUAGCUAUAUGCUGUGGAGCUGCUGUAUUGGUUUAUUUUAUCUUGGAGGCCUUUCUACGACCGCUUCUUUGGGCCGUUCUCUGUGGCACUUUUUUACACCCUUUUAAAUACUCUCUAGCUCGAAUCGGUCGUUCUUGGCUCAGUGGACUGCAGGACACUGGGACGCCGAUACUGUUGGGCACCUUGCUGCUUCCCGUGUGGUUCGUGAAUUAUGGUGUGGAGACGCUGGGGGCUUUAGUCAUGGAACGUCUCAAGGUGCUGCUGGCGAUCGGGGCAGGGGUUCCACUCCUCUGUUUUCUGUACUACUUCUGGAGCGUUAUUGGUAUGCAGGUGAUAAUCGGCCACGCCUGUGCUAUCAUUAGUUGCACGCUGGAUUACUUCAAUGCUAUGUGGGUUGGCACUCUUGUACUGGGCUACGUGCUGGCGGUGGCUUUCAAGUGGACCCCCGGCAUGGAGGUCUACCUGCGGGCUUUGUCAGUGCCUGUGUGGAUUGCGCUGUUGUUCUACAUGGUAUCUUUGACUGGGUCCUGGAGGGUGCCAGUCUUUGUGGUGGUGGCCAGCCUCCUCAUCAUUGGCUCCCUGCAGGAGAAACCUCAGGCGUCGAGCCAGGGGGAGCUGUCAGGGCAGGUCCUCUCCUUCGCUGCCAACACCAUCUACAUGGCCAUCUCCUGCAGUAACCUCAGACUGGGACCGGAGCAGCAGAGCUCCACAGCAACAUCUAAUGACGAUGUCGACGCCCCCAGUCAGAGACCCCGCCCGGAGUUUCGCGCGAUGCUGCACAAGGAGAAGGCGAGCGACAUAUACUUUGUGCUGCUGGUGUGGGCCAUCGUCCUGGUGCAGAUCUGGCUCAACCUGUGGAUCCUGAAGCUCCUCCCCAUUCCUGUGGCUGUCUGGGUGCUGAAGAAGCUGCUGGUGCGAUUCGGGUUCAAGGGCUUCGCCAAGAGGACCCUGACAUCGUGGUGGGCCGUGAUUGGCCAGCUCUUCAGGGAACGGCAGGAAGCCCUGCUGCCUGGGCCUAUCAAAGGCCUGGCCCAGUUCCUACUCAGAGUGGACACCAAGCUGUGGCAUUGGCUUAACAAGCAGAUGAUUGUUUGGUUGGAGCGUUCGCUUGACAAACUCAUCAGCAUCUUCAUCAUCUUCCUCCUUGUGACAGGCACCUUGCUGAUGGCUCUGCUCCUGACUGCUAUGGUUCACCAUGAAAGCGUCCACAUCAUUGAAGUCACCAGUAACCUGAUCAACGAGACCGUCUCAAACCACCCAGAGUGGGCCAACUGGCUUCCAGAGGCCCGCGUGGUCCAGAAUGCCCUGAACUCUGCUGCCACUAACGUCUAUCAGCACGGGAGAGAGUGGAUAACUCACAAGCUGCACAAGAUGCUGGGCGAUAAAGUUAACCACACGGCCGUCAUCGAGAAGCAGGUCCUGGAGCUCUGGGACCGGCUGUACCACUCCUGGUUUGUCAAGAACGUGACCCACACUGGCCGGAACCGCAUACACCGGUUACACCACCAGCGGCAGAACAGCUGGCUGGGCGACAUUCUGGACUGGCAGGACAUCGCGUCCUUCGUGCAGGAGAACAUCGAGACGCUGAUCUCGAUCCUGGAGUCCCUGUGGGUGGUGAUGAGCCGUAACAUGGGCCUGCUGAUCUCCACCACCACCACACUGCUCACUGUGCUGUUCCACAGCGGCACGGCGCUGCUCAACUUCGCCCUGUCCCUGGUGAUCUUUCUCACCACCCUCUUCUACCUGCUGAGCUCCAGUGGUGAGUACUACAAGCCUGUCAAGUGGGUGAUCAGCCUGACACCCCUGUCCCAGUCCGGGCCCUCCUCCAACAUCGUGGGCCAGUCCGUGGAAGAGGCCAUAAGAGGUGUGUUCGACGCCUCUCUGAAGAUGGCGGGGUUCUACGGUCUCUACACCUGGCUGACGCACACCAUUUUCGGCAUCAACGUCGUCUUCAUCCCCUCAGCCAUGGCGGCCAUCCUGGGCGCGGUGCCCUUCCUGGGCACGUACUGGGCGGCGCUGCCGGCGGUGCUGGACCUGUGGCUGGCGCAGGGCGAGAGCGUCAAGGCCGUGCUGCUGCUCGUCUUCCACCUCCUGCCCACCUACUUCGUGGACACGGCCAUCUACUCGGACAUUUCAGGGGGCGGCCACCCUUACCUGACGGGCCUGGCGGUGGCCGGAGGCGCCUACUACCUGGGCCUGGAGGGGGCGAUCAUCGGGCCCAUCCUGCUCUGCAUCCUGGUGGUGGCCUCCAACAUCUACAGCGCCAUGCUGAUGAGCCCCAGCAGCGCCCAGCCCACGCCCGUCACCUCCACCUGGCCCGCCCACAUCUCCAGGUCGUUCUUGGACACGCCCACCCUGCCAAAGAGGGAGACGGAGUGAGGGCGGCGUCGGCGUCCCGAUUGGCUGUCUCUCUCCCGGCCUCCGCCCCUUCGAAGCGACUGGAGCCAGCGGUCUCCUCUGCUUGUAGCGUUCUUUCCGUUUCUUUACUGCCCGCACCCUCCUCCACGGCCAAUGAGAAUCCCUCGCUGCACGGCGGAAGCUCGGAGAAGGGGUCGGAGCCCCCGGCUACCUCCCGUGGCGUGGCGUCGCCGGGCCACCAGCCACUAGAACCUCCCUACAGAAACCCCCGGAGCUGCCGGCACCACCAGCUGAAACCUGAGUGCAUCCAGAGUCCGUGUCUGCUCUGGGAGAGAAAAGCAGCAGUCAUGGCCUCAGCUAGCGGGCUGGAGCACAGUCUCCGUAGCUACGUACCAAAAAGACCGGUGGCAGAAUGGGGGUGUCACUCCCACACCGUGAGGCUACACAGGGUCCUUUUACACUUUAAACCAGGGCCGCCCCACCCUGGUCCGGGAGAGCUGGGUUUCACUUUCAGCCCGUAAUUACCAACCAGUUCAGACUGAAGGAACCUGGUGAGAGGAGCUAACUGUGUGACCAGCCGCUUUAAGUGAAUUUUCAGCCCUCCAGGACCAGGGUUUACGGAGCCCUGCUUUAAACAGAAACCCAUUCUGAUUCACCGUACUUAACAAAAAUAUUUAGAUUUUACUUUCAGCUGGUUUAAUUGAGAUCGGGCAUAGCCUUCCAUGUUAUUGGUAUUACGAUUAUUGCUAACAACCAAUGGUGUGCACGUUAAGUAAUUCUCUGAGAUCAGCACUUUAUAACAUAUAUUUAACAAUAUUUUCCGUGAUGUGACGGAGUUGGUGCUCCUCGUGUGGCCGUUCGUGAGCUGUUUGACAGCGUGGGCGGAGACGGACGCACUUCUUAAAGGAACGGGAGCACGGCUCACAAGUGGAAAUAUUGGCUUCGCAUUCCCCAGGGAGGCUCUGUCCUCCUUUCUCUGUCUACUGUAUAUAGUUUCCUAUCACUCAAAUGUUUUUUGUAUGGCUGUUCUCUUUAUCUGUGUUUUCACGUAAUGUUAUUUUAAAGUUUCGCUAACUUUGUGGCUCACCUUGACACGGUCACCUGAAAGUUUGUCUUUUUUGGCACUGCACUGGGAUAUACGGUGAUAAUUCUUAGUUUGAUUACGUUUGCACAGCUACUAAUGUGUACUAAUGAUAUCAGUGGCUACAAGCCUUCAGUUUAAAGGUUUACCUCAGUUCUCGAGGCCGGACGCGCUUAUGUUGGAUUUGGAAGAUGUACUUGCACCGCUGUUUUUAGAAGAGGACACAAAAUGUGUGUUCAUUGCUCAAGAGUUUACAUUUAAAUGUCACUGUCUCCCUGGAAGGCUGCAAGCCUGCUGUACUCUAUGGACAGGAACAACAAGGAGUGGGAACAACAGAACUCAAGGUACAAAAGCUUGCUUCCUCCUGUGCUUAAUGCACAUGCGCAUUGUUUACUACUGAUAAACUACUACCAGAUAAGAAACCACUCUUCUCUGCUCCCCUUUGAGGCCAUUGAAUCUGCUGUGUGGGCAUCUCGCUGCCAUUUUUCUGUUUAAUAACCACUUGCCUUGUCUGGGCUGACUCAGCUAGACAGUGCGCACAAUAUCACAUCCCAAGUGUAGAAACCACAAACUGCAGCCACCUCCAGCACUGUCAAACAUGUCUCUGUCUGCCCGCGAUUUUAUUACAGUUUUAGGGCACAGUCGGUGAGAGGGGCGGGGCCAGGGCUGAGCAGGCAAAUCGGCCCGGAGAUUUACGGCGCUCGUUCGUCCCAGAGACAGAGCGGUCGCGUCCUUGUCCUAAAACUUUUUUUCUCCCCAGUUUUUAGAGGAAACGACUAACUUGGUGGUGUUACGAGGAAACGGAAGGCUCUGAAAGCUUUAGCCUGGAGAUGAUCGAUAUCGGGCAGAGAAUCCCACUGCCCUCCAGAAGGGGACGGGGGUCACACUGCUCUCGGGUCCAGUCGACCUCAGGGUGUUGAAUGCUAGCCCUCUGAGACCCAGACAUCGUCAUAGUUUCAGGCCCAUGUUGUGUGUACUCAAGGCAUUCUGAGUAACAGUAGAAAAUGUCUCAUUCCAAAUAUGACGCUAAAAUAUAGCAUAGGGCCUUGGGAACUGGGAAAUGUUGUUCUAAACCGAAUGGGUAAAUGGUGCCUCUGGAAUGCCUGGAAAGCAAAGGGUCUCACAGGGCUAGAGACGUGGCGUCAUGCUUUCUCUGCAAUUUUUAUCAUCGCCAACGUUGUUGACAAAUGAAUGUGUUUUAAACCUAAGCCAUAUUGAAAUAGCGAUAGCCUUCGUGAGUCCACGGUACUCUCUGGUGAGACGGAAGGAUUAAGGGCCGGCUCGGCCUCUCCUUGCGAACUCAACCUGCUGUGUUAGCCACUUCCUGGUUUUUUUUUAUUUUUUAUCAUCGCUGGCCGUUCCUUCGAAGCGUACAGAACGAUAAUCACAAAAUUUCUUUUGUGGUCACGGCUGCUUAUUUUUAUCAGCAACACAUUUUUUCUGGGGUGCUGAGACAGCCUUUUCACUCUGGUGUACCUGACAGGCCUUGACUUCAGCGUGUGCUUGCCCACAGUUGACGGGAAGCGGUAUUAAAACUUUCGCUCAAGGAAACCGUUUAAAAAACUCAAUCGCUUGUUCGUUCUACCUGUGCCCGUGUGGACCGGUUGUGUGUUCCCCUCGCACUCGGACGGCGUUGUACGUUUACAGUUAAAAUGAUUUGUGUAGUCGUGGCCUGGCCUUGCUACUUUCACCUAGAAUGCGGAACAGGAUCUGUGUAAUUAUCGGCUUUGAAAUAGGGAUCAUUCAGAAUCAGAUUAGAUUUCACGUCGUGUUAGAGCAAAUGUACAGCAGGUUUUUAUGAACUUUCGAAGUGUCAUCCUCUUGGAAAAGCUAGUACUUUAGUGUUUUUGAUACAUGUAUAUGCUUAAUACCUUUACGCUGCCAUCACCUUCUCGCACAGGUGUACAGAAUGAGAUAGAGGAUCAUAAGAAUUAAACAGGAAAUGAGGUCAUCACCUGCAGCUCAUAACACCUGGGUACACCUUGAUGCAAGCUGCAGUGAAGCUCCAGAAAAGAAUGUCUGCUGUAUUUGAAGGGCCUUAACAGCCCUGCCCACAGAUUUGAAUUCAAGUUAUGCAAAGUGGUGUGUUUGAGCGCUAACCAGGUGUCUGGAUAUUUAUCUUUUUUCUAAGGAAUAAAACACCAUUCAAGGAUAACUUUUAACUCGAUCAUUAAGUUUCCUUACAUUAAAACUGUAGCUUGAUAUUUUUGAAAAAUGGACGGGUUAGCCAAAAUGAUUUGUGCAUUCGAUAAGAGAACAUUGAUGCGACAAAGUGAACGUUCUGUUGAUACAAUGUUGAUCAGCAACUUGAGUCAAGUAGCAUUUUAAGAUAAUCCGUAUGUUUCAUUUAAGUUUCAGUAAUACCUCUGUCACAGCACUUUGAAAUAUGCCUCACUGGGAACUCUCAACUUCACUCCACAUAGAGAAUGUUUGUUCCUCUUUGUGAACAUGUGUAAUGUGAAUUGACACUAUUGUGUGGUUAAACUUUGACAGUCUCAUGAUUGGAAAAAAUGAGAGCGCUUUCCUUGUUUGAGGCAGCAUUCAGUAUUAAAUGGCUUGGUGUACUAAUAUUGACUGUUAUCACACGAAACAAGUAAUGUAUUUUCUACUGAAAACAUUAAUACAAUAAAACUUUGGAAUACA